ACUGUGACGUCGCUGAUUUUAGUGAUUCACCUUAUAGGGACGUGAAGUGAGAAUGUAAUUGGAUAAUGUCGAAAAAAGUUAAAAACAGGGCCAAGAAAUAUCAAGCUGCUGCAGAUUUCACAGAUUUCACAAUAAAUGAAUGUGCAAACUCAGUAGUACCAGUACCUGUUCUAAUAGGGAAGAAAAAGCAGUUUGUAGAGUGCAAUAGCACCAAAAAAUUGGUGGAACUUGCAGAAAGAAAUGAAAGAGAAAUUCUGGAGAAUUCCAAUGAAAAUCUCCCGGAAAGUUGUGAAGCAACAGCUAAGAAAAUCCAGAAAAAUGUUAAAAAGACCUAUGCAGACUAUUGCAUUGAUGUGUGGUGGUUAAUUUCCAAACACAUAAUGCCGGAGGAUGUUCUGCGAUUUGCCUUGAUAUGCCGGAAGACGGCCUGUGUGGUGAGUAUGGAAAAAUUCUGGUCCCAUCUUUAUCGACGAUUCUACACAAGGACUGCAGAACUUCCAUCUCAGCUCCAGCCACGAUUGCUGGGGAAGCAAGAGGGUCUGAGAAAUGCCGUAAUUCGAUCACUGUUCUACACAUAUCCUCCGUUUAAGGCAAGUCUGCCCCAGCGAACAAACAGAGAUCCUGUUUGCCUCGUUGGGAAGCGCCUGGAAUCAUCGUGGUUUGUCCAGAAGCCUAGAGAGGAGCUAAAAUGGACUUUCAUCUACACCUUCAGGCCACGGACGUACAAAGAGAAGCGGAAAAUUCGGCUGGAGGAGGGCAAAGGAUUGAAAAGUUUUCCAGCUGAAAAUAGUCAUUUUCUCUUGAUAUCCACUCGACAAUUUCGUCCCUUGCCUCAAUUCUAUGGUCACGAUGUCUUUCUGAAAGCCCUAACGCGUCCACUGGCCACGGGAUUCUCAAAAUUGCCUCUGAAGGCUCUGAAGCCUCUGAAGCCUCUGAAGCUAACUUUUGAGGAUUACAAGAGGGACACCGUGCAGACAAUCACGUACGAAGGCGCCGUAUUUGUCCAAGUUAUCGACUGGUUCUCUCCCCUCUAUGAGACGGUUAUUCUGAAACUCUGUGAUUUUGAAAAAGGUGAAUAAAAGCAGAUAAAACCUUA